AUUUUUUGUUCUCUGCACCCUAUAUUAAUUUUCUUGCUACAGUCCUGCAUUUAGCAUCAUACGCAAACCUAACCUCAAGUCAAAUUCAAUUGACACUUGUUUAUUAUUGUUGCUUCUUGCCUAGAUACAUUUAUAAGAAUGGCUACUUGCAAAUUAAAUCAAAUAUUUCUUGGAGAAGUUGCAUCUGUUCAAAACUAUGGAGCUUUUAUCAGAAUUCCAGGAUGUUCUGCUCAGGGAUUAAUACAUAAAUCACAGGUAAGCUCUGCUCAUGUGGAUAAUGUUAUAGAAGUUUUGCAGAAAGGAGAACGUAUAUGGUGUAAAGUUAUUUCUAUUGGAGAUGAUGGCAAAAUAGGAUUAUCUAUGAAGUAUGUAAAUCAAGGAAAUGGUACAGAUUUAGAUCCAAAUGGAGUACAAUUACAAAGAGAUAUACAAAAGAAAAAAUUUAUGGAAAAACACGAAAAUAAAACUAUUCACUUAGAAGCAGUCCUUAAUACUACAUGUACAAAAUGUGGUACUGCUGGACAUUUAUCUAAAGAAUGUUUUAUGAGUCCUGAUGGAAAAAAGUAUGAAUUAAUCCCAGAAAUUGAAGAAAAAGAAGAAGUUAUUCAAGCACAAACUAAUAUAAGCAAGAAAGAGAAAAAACACAAACAAAAGAAAUUGAAAAAGAAAAAGAAAACUAAAAAAAUCAAACAAGAUACAUUUGAUAGUGAUUCUAAUGAAAAAGAUAUAAUUAAAAACAAAAAGAAGAAAUAUUCUAAAGAUCAAAGAAAGAAAAAGAAAAAAUAUAAGAGUUCUUCUAGUGAUAAAAGUUCUAGUGAUAGCUUUUCUAGUCAUGACGUGAAAGCUCAUAAACGAAAGUAUACAGAAAGUUCGGAAAAACGAACCAAAAAGUGUAAAUAUUCAAAAACUAAAUCUGAAUGAAAACGUGAAAAUUAUAAUUCAACUAUAAUUUUUGUUCUGUCUUCAUAUAUUUUUUAAUUAUUGAAGCAUUUAAAAUAGAUUACUUGUGAGAGCUACAUUUAUAAAUAUCUACAUGUAGCAAUAAAGAUAAUACUUACUGGUGUUAAAUAUUUAUAAGUCAAGUGUACAUUUUCAGCAAGAACAUCAGCUACUAAAUCAUAAUAUUGAUAUUUGCAAUAUAAUAGUAAUAAAUUUGCAAAAGUUUCAGGUGGAAAUGGAUUUUGUUGUAAUAAAAAUUGAAGCUUUUCAAAUCCCUCACUAGGCUUUGUAUCCAUAUUUAUUAAAGCUUGAUUAUGCAAAGUAACUGCAUCAAGCUCUUCUUCAGAUCUAGGGGGCAUAUCUGUUAAUGCUUCUUUUGCUGAUUCAU